UCGUCUCCUCUCUCGUACGGUGGAGUGCGACGGCAGUGAGGCGGUGCGGACGAACGGGAGAUGGUAUCGAGAGAAGGAAUAAGGGUUUCGACGAACGCGGAAUAGCCCUUCGCCUCCUCUUUCCCCGCAGCUGGUGGCCGGAGGCCUCUCUACGCCAUGUUCGAGGGCGUGGUGAGCCAAGUGCUCGCCGGCUACCUCGGCCGCUUCGUCAAGGGCAUCCAGAAGGACCAGCUUAAGAUCGGCAUCUGGAACGAAGAAAUAUUAUUGGAGAAUGUGGAGUUAAUACUUGAAGCCUUUGACUAUUUGCAGUUACCGUUUGCAUUGAAAGAUGGGAGGGUUGGGAAACUGAGCAUUAAAAUUCCUUGGAAAAAGCUUGGGUGGGACCCUAUCAUAGUUGUCUUGGAGAACAUAUUCAUAUGUGCUUGCCAACGUGAAGAUAAUGAGUGGAGUUCUGAGUUGGUGGAGAAAAGAGAAUUGGCUGGGAAAAUGGCAAAACUUAAUGCCAUAGAACUAGCAAAGCUGUCAAGGCGAGUCUCUGAUGAUCAGGCUGGUCAAUCAUUUAUUUCAUACAUCUCUGCAAAGAUUCUUGACAACAUCCAAGUUUCAAUCAGGAAUGUCCACAUUGUCUACAUUGAUUCACAGAGAGAUCAGGAGACAUUUAUAUUUGGUUUAAAACUUUCCAGUUUAACAAUAUUGACAGACACACGGAAGCAGAAUUUGACUGGAUCCUCGAUGGGGAAAUAUAGAGGUGGUCAAGUGAGGAAGAUUGUUGAAAUAUCAACAGUUGGUCUUUAUUGUAACUUGGUUGAAGAAAAUCAAAGUUUGUUUUGUCUUGAUGAUAGUACCAAUGUACAGUUGCUUUCUAAUUCAAAGUUAGAGGACGAGAAAUAUGAUUAUAUAGUAGACCCAUUUGACUUCAUGGUUUGUCUGCUGGUAAACAAAUCUGGAAAGCUUGAUGGUGCACCUCAAUAUGACAUCAAUGUGGAGAUAGCUACCUUGGAUCUCUCUUUUAAUGAGAUUCAGUUGCAACAAGUCAUGAGUCUCUGGGAUUAUUUUUCCAUCUGCACUCUCAGACGGAAAUAUGGGCGGUAUCGUCCCCCUCAAAGCUUUUUAUCUAGGAAAGUUGAAGGAUGGCAAAGAAUGCUAUGGCAUUAUGCGCAGAAAUCUGUUCUAGCAGAUGUGCGUCAAAAGUUAAGAAAGACUUCUUUGAGCAAUCUUGGAAAACGAAUAAUCUGCUGCCAGAAGUAUGUCAAGUUGUACAAAAGGAAGUUGGAAUUACUACAGCAAGAUCAGCUUGUCAGCAAAGAUAUUCUGCAAGAGCUGGAGGAGAUGGACAAAGAAUGUGAUAUUGAUGAUAUUUUGAGCUACAGGUUUUUGGCUGAGCAACAAUUGCAGGAGUUGUUGAUAAAUUCAGAGGUUCCCGUUAGUGUUAAGUCUGCUCAAGAAGAGAACCAAAAUGGAGAGCAGACUUCAACCAAAGCACCUAGUUGGUUAAAUUGGUUAUCUCUUGGCAUGCUUGGAGCUGGUGGAACGUCAGACACUGGUUCAUUUGCGGGCGUUGUUUCUGAUGACAUUAUUAAGGAUAUCUAUGAAGCAACUGAGUUUCACCCAACAUCUUCUUUGUCUGGCGAUUCUUCAAUUAGGAGCGGAUCUUGCUCAUCUUCAGUUAGAUUCAAUAUUAGUCAAAUUAUCACCUCAAUCAGAACCAAAGCAUCUGACAAGAGGAUUGGUACAGCAAUAUGCAGUGAAUUUGUCUUUGAAUGUGAAUUCUGGGAUGAUUCUGCAGCCAUUCUUGCCUCGAUAGGUUCUAUUAAGAUUGUCAACCCAAGCAAUGAGAACGUUAUUUUGAUGGAUAAGAAGGUAAUCAAUGAGGAAAAUCUGACCACGUCUCUGUUGCCAUGUCUUAGUGUACAUGUAAAUAUGCCUCAUUUGGACCAAAAGUAUGAUGUUUCAAUCAAGAUUGUGCUCCAGCCAUUUGAAGCUGGUUUUGAAAAGGAAUUCUUUUUCUAUAUUCAGCAUUUUUACCGUGCUGUCACUUCCUUCCAGUUCCAGCAAGAUAGGGUGCUGUCAUCACUAAAUGAGCUGAAAAGUUUUGAGGCUAGAUUGCUUGCAAAAUUUGAGUACUAUAUCUGUAACCAUAAGAAGCUGUACUGGGAUGUUACUAUUCACAAAGCUAUCCUGAAUUUACCAUUGCAAAAUGAGGAGCAAAAAGUUCUCAAUAUGGUAUUGGAAUUUGAUAAAAUUUUCCUUCAAUCCAAGACUCAGCAGGAGAGUUCUCCGAUAUUGAAUAGCAGACUCUGCUUGGAAAACAUAUGCCCAACUUAUCUCAUAAAUGGCACCCAACUAAAAUUUCAAAUUCAAGAUGCCUAUAAUUGCUUUGGGAUUGAAUUGACAGGUUUUAAGGUGAACUUAUUUGAGCCAAACGUACCAAGAGUAGUCCCGGUGAUAGAUGAUUUUAAUGCAUCUUUUGACACUAGGCUGUGCAUCUUCUUUGAUGAGGCAGACUUAAAAAUUUUGGAGGUUGAUCUUGUUGUACCAUUUCUUGCAAUGCAUUUCUCACCGAAAAUAUUCAGUGCUCUACUUAGAGCACAGGAUGUGUUGUCAGAACAAAAAUCUCAAGUAUUUACAGAGGGCAUUUCGUAUGUAAAUGAUAUCAGUGUACACAAUUGGCCUUCCCUCCAAUUUUCUGUGUCUGCCAUGUUGGACAAUUGGAAAUUCAACGUCGACCUUGAAGAUGAUGCAGAAAACAGUGCAAUUAUUUCCUUUACUUUCGAGAACCUAUUCUCUAGGUAUGCUCUGGAGGACUCUAUGAAGUUUUGGUUCCUCACAAAGAUGUUGACAAUAGAUUACUGUUGUUUCAAGGAUGGCCCAAAUUGUAGUACAUUAUGCUCAACAAGAAAUGAAAUAGGUGGCACAAUCAACACGAGUGCUGACCAUGUUGAUCUCAGCAUAUCAGAACUGCCUUCCUGUGGAAGUCUGAGGCAUGGUUGCUUCGAGUUGCAUUACCAAGCUCAAGCAUCUCAGCAGGAAUGCAGUCUCUGCUUAUGCGAUGUCGAUCUCCAUAUCUAUCCUAGAAUUUUUGGUUUGUUGCAGAAGUUUUUCAGCAAACUUAAAGCGCAAUCUUCUUCAUCUGACACUUCUGUCAAGUCCUUCAGAUUGAUUGAUAGUAACACGGAAAUGAUUGACAAUGGGACUUCUAAGUUUGGUUUCUCCAACUAUCACAAUAUUGAGCAUAAUAUAUUUGGCAAAAUUGAUAUAGACCGAUUUGUUCCCGUUAUGAAAUCAGGUUGCUUAAACAGUCUUGAAGGCUCUAUGAUCUUUGAUGCUCCAGAAUUAAACAAUCUGUGUGCUAAGAAAAAUGAAUGUCCUAAAGGUGUGAAUUUAAAUUUCAGGCAAGGGCAAACAGUGAAGGAUUCUGUUAUGACUUCACCCACAUCUAGCAGAAUGGCUGAACCAUUCAUGAAUUCUGAUAAUAAUUGUUUUAGUAUGAAAUUCUCUCUGAAUAGGGUUAGAGUAUAUUUUCAUGAUUCUUCUUGCAUUUUGGCAACACUUACAGUGCCUACAUCUAUAUCUUGCUUCAGAUUUUGUCAAAAUGAUUGUUGGGAUUUAGUAUCAUCUAUUGAGGGGUUAAUGCUUUCAUCAUCAUGGUCUUGUCCCAACAUCCAUGAGCUUCUAUGGGGACCAUCAUCACCAAGCAAUCUCUCUGUAGUAAAUCUUAGUCUAAGGAAAGGGAAAAUAAAGAUGAUGCUUCCCAUCACAGAAAUAAAUAUCAGCAUUCAGCAUGUUUGUUGCAUCAUUUCAUCUGAGUUUCUAGCAUUGUUGAUAGGUUAUUUUUCUUUGCCUGAUUGGAUACUUGAUGGAAAUGAACAUUUGAGCCAUGAAAUUCUUGAGUUUGAGAAUUCUCGGAAUGAACAAAAUGAUUUGUUAUACAAGUUUGAACUGGUUGACUCCACUGUGCUUUUACCUCUUGAGAACCAUGAGUAUUGUAUACAGUUUGGAUUUCCCCAACUAGUUUGUAGCUUCAUCCCAAUGAGUAGUUCAGCAGAUUCUUUUACGGAGAUUCCUUUUGAGUGCAUGAUAUCAGGAUGUAUGGAUUCUGAGAAAGUUGACAUUGUUAAUGUGUUUGGAAGAAGUGCAUCACUGUCUCUUUUGUUUAUCAGGAAUGACAAAAACUUCCUGUUGAAGCUUGAUGAAUGUAUGUCUAACACAAGUGUCCCUCUCAUUACACAACUGGAUGCUGAUUUAUGGAUCCGAAUACCUUCUACCACAACAGAUGUUUCCCCACAAUCUGUUGUGCCUUUAUUGAUUAUGAUGAGUGUCAGUGUUUGUAACUUAAUUGCUCGGGAUGACCACCUUAUACAUGGACUUGAAGCUGUUAUUGAUGCUGUUGAUCAGUUUUCACUGGUUCUCAAAAGAUCUGAAAUGUACAAGUCUGAUAUCAUGCAGUUUUUGCAAUGCAAGAGAAACAUCAAGGAGGAAGAUGUUGUUUCACUUAACAUCUCAAGCCAAUUUUUUGUUAGUGUAAGAUGUUGCAUAAAGACUCUAUCACUAACAUUCUGUCGCUUCAGGGCAGAAGAUUCUUCAUCUGAGAUGGUUGCAAAUGUAGAAAUGCAAGUUAAUCUAUCUGCCAUAAUGAGAAAUGAGGUGCUACAAUCUCUUGAUGUGAAUAUUCCAUGUGUAGUUGUACGCUCUUCUAGUAGAAAUAUUCUGUUAAUAUCUUUCACGCCUGAAGGUGCUAGUUCUUCCCAUCUUUGUUUCAAUUACUCCAGUUGCAGUGCUGAAUCUGAACUUCUGGUCACUGUAGCUUCUCUUGAUCUUUGGUUACACUUGUCAGACUGGAACAAUAUUUUUGAACUCCUUCAGUUCUACAUAACACACUUGGUCAGUACUCCAAUUUCUUCCAGUGCAGAUCCGCAGUCCGGGUGUCAUUUUGUCUUAGAUCCUGCCACGCCCACUUGUUUUGCAUCUGAAUAUGUUGUGCAGGAAAAUAUUAGUUGGAAACUUAAAUCAGAGAAUAUAACAAUUUCAUUACAUAUACCUAGCUCAAGUGAUGGAGAGCUGAUAGAUUCUGAAAUGAUUGAAAUAGCUAACAAAAAUUCUCAGGAACAUACCUGCAAUAAUUUAGUGGAAAAUAUGCCACCCUUCAAGGUAAAGAAUUGCAAUUUUGUGAAGAUCACUGUCCAUAGUAAAAGUUGUGAGAUGAUCAUAUGUGAAGGUUGUGUGGAACUGAAAUGUAACUUGGAAAAGAUGAGGGUUACACUAGAGAUGGUUCAAAAUUAUGAUAUCACUUCCAUUCCAUUUAUGCAUGUAUCUCAGGUGAAGGCAGGAGCUAGUCUAUGCAGAAAGCAAGGGGAGUUGGUUUAUAUAUCUUCUGAGAUUAUUAUCGAAUCUUUAGACAUUGGAGUUUCGUAUCAAGUUUUAUAUUUCUGGAGUUGCUAUAAGUUACGGGUUCCUGAAACAGCAUCAUCCCCAAUAUUUCGCCAUUGUUUGGCUUUUAAAGUCCGUUUCAAGAAGGGCUCUCUUCUUUUGAGUGAUGGAAGGUGGAGCUAUCAUGGACCUAUUCUGGAGACCUUAAUGAAGAACAUGCUUAUACAGUUCAAUCAAACAGAAGAUGUCACAGAAGGUUCAGCUGUUGCUGAUCUGUUGAUUAACUACAAUAACAUUGAUAAGGUUAUGUGGGAACCUUUUCUAGAGCCAUGGAGUUUUGAGUUGAAUAUGACAAGAAAAUAUGAAGGGUAUAUCUUGAAUGGAUAUGCAGUUACUGAUGUAUAUUUGAAGUCGACAAAACUACUUAAUUUUAAUAUUACAGAACCACUGGUUGAGGCUAUCUUCAGGCUAAAUCAUGUGGUUAAUGAUGCUACUAAUCUUGCUGAUGCAUAUGGUUUCCAAGAAACUCAUGGAAUCUUGGGAUUACAGACUACUGAAGACAUACGUAAAAGAAGAUAUGCCCCAUACAUUCUCCAUAAUGACACAUCUUUGCCUCUGGCAUAUCAUGUGUACCAUGGCUCAGUUGACAUGGAUAAUAUCCACAGCUUUCCUACAGAUGAUGGAAAUAUUGUUCAACCAGGUUUUUCUGUUCCCAUUUAUGUCGAGGAAAAUCUUAAUGAACAAUAUUUUGAACGCAGAGCUUCAUAUUCUUCUGAAAGGCUUAUAGAGAAAAAGAUGAGUGCGAUAGCACAUCAUAUGAUGUCUAUCCACUUUGAAGGAACUUCUGGGCCUUCAAGACCUAUGUCAAUGGACCUUGUGGGCUGUAGUUAUUUUGAGGUAAAUUUUUCUAAAAGUAAGCAUUCUAUUCUUGUUGAAGCAGAAAAAGAUGGCAAGAUAUUAGGAUGUAGUUGGCAGACUGAGGAGCAGUGCAAAAACGAACAUUGCAAGGGAUUAGUUGUUCCUGUCGUAUUUGAGGUUUCUAUGCAGCAUUACAGCAAGAUUAUAAGACUAUACUCAACGGUUAUAGUUUUCAAUGCAACUUCAGUGCCCUUGGAGCUACGUUUUGACAUUCCAUUUGGUGUGUCUUCUAAGGUCUUAGGACCAAUACUUCCAGGGCAAGAGAUUCCAUUGCCACUGCACUUGGCUGAGUCUGGCCAAAUUAGGUGGCAUCCAGGUGGCACACAUUACUUGUGGAGUGAAGCACAUUCACUAUCAAAUAUACUAUCUCAAGAAAAUAGGCUUGGAUAUUUGAGAUCAUUCGUGUGCUAUCCCUCUCAUCCUAGUAGUGAUCCAUUCCGUUGUUGUAUAUCUAUUCAAGAUCAUGGUCUGUGUUCAGCAGGUGCUGAUGAAAAACAUUCAUCAAUUAAUAUUCAUGAGACUGAACAACUUAUCUUCAAAAGUAACAAGUCAAAGUUUCCAAAGAAACAUGUUAUACGCCAUGUGAGGCUGAGUACUCCUUUGUUGGUGAAAAAUUAUCUUCCUACAUGUUUAUCCUUCAUUGUAGAAACUGGUGGAGUCACACAUUCUGUUUCUCUUUCAGAGUUUCAGGUCGGUACUGCUUCUGUUUAUCAUGUUGAUUCUGCACAUGACCUAGUACUAACUUUUGAAAUGAAAGGAUUCAGGCAAGUGACAUCAAAGUUUCCUCGAGCAGAAUCAUUCUCUUCUAUGGGCAGGUUAAAUGGUUCCUUCUACUUUUCAUCUGAAAAAUUGGCGUUCUAUCCUGAAAACUCAAGUGGUUCUGUAUGUGUCACACUUGAUAAAACAAUGGAUGCAUCUUGUGGGGCAAGAGAGAUAUGCCUGUCAGUUCCCUUUUUGCUUUACAAUUGUACCAGUCUGUUUCUCACCAUCUUAGAUGUCAACCAUGAGGGAAAGGGAAAUGCUGUUGUUAUUCCUUCAAGUUAUUAUGAGUUUGAGCAUAAACAGCUUCUUGAUGGAAAGGAUGGUCUUGCCCUUAUAUCUUCCGAGUCAAUAUCAUCUUCUGAUUCCUUUCUUUUAGAUAAUAAUUUGGUGGCCAGAAAACAGGACAAUGUGUCUACAAAAAUGGAUUGCGAUCAAUCUUCAGUGUCUUAUGAAGUUUCUCAUUAUAGUGAAAUAGGUCAUAAAGUUGGAAGCAGUCCAUCUUAUUUGCCAAGGAAAGCUGGAAAGGAUGCUGGCUAUAUGCAUGAUGGAGGCAGCAGAAAAGCUAAGCCAUAUAUCUAUGGUCCUACUGUCCGUAUUCCAGCUAAUGAACUUCUGGUAAAGCUGAGCGCUGCAUUGUCAAAAUCCAGAUCUAGCACCAGUCACAACCAAACUUGGUCAAAACCAUUUUCUCUUGUUCCAGAAAGUGGGUCAACAAAUAUCAUUGUCCCUCAGCCAUUUGCUUCUGGCGCAUUUUUAAUAUCUGCUGCAUCAGUCCCUGUUGCUGGAGAGCUGUCCGGGAGGACAAGGGCUAUUACUUUUCAGCCUAGAUAUGUCAUUUGUAAUGCGUGCACUAAAGACUUGUUUUACAGACAAAAGGGAACUAACAUUUCAUACCAUUUGGGUAUUGGGCAACAUUCUCAUCUUCACUGGUCCGAUACAUCAAGAGAACUACUCAUUGCCCUUCGAUUUGGUGAACCUGGUUCUCAGUGGUCAGGCAGCUUCCUUCCAGAUUGCCUUGGGGAUGCUCAAGUGAAAAUGAGAAAUUAUAUAACUGGUGUAUCGAACAUGGUUCGAGUUGAAGUACAAAAUGCUGAUGUGUCAAUAAGCAAAGAAAAUGUGAUCAAAAACCCCAGUGGACAUUCUAUGACACAUCUAAUUCUUCUAUCCGAUGACAAAACUGGGUUUAUGCCAUAUAGGAUAGACAAUUUCUCGAUGGAGACAUUGCGGAUUUACCAACAUAAAUGUGAAUCAUGUGACACCACAGUACAUCGUUACACAUCUUACCAGUAUGCAUGGGAUGAACCUUGUUACCUUCAUCGUCUCAUUGUAGAGGUUCCUGGUGAGCGAAUUUUAGGAGCAUACAGUCUAGAUGAUAUAAAGGAGCAUGCACCUGUGUACUUGCCUUCAACAACUGAGAAACCUGAAAGAAGGCUCUAUAUCUCGGUACAUUCUGAAGGAGCAGUCAAGGUGCUCAGUAUCGUCGACUCAAAUUAUCAUAUUGUAAGUGAAAAAGAGGGGAACAAUUUCCUUGGAUCCAGGGAUAAAAAGGUUGUUGAUCAGAAGAUGGACUGUCAUGCUGGUUUCACUGAAGUGUUCACAUUACAUGUUCCGUUUCUUGGGAUUUCCUUGAUGAAUCCCACUCCUCAGGAAUUGGUUUUCGCAUGUGCAAAGGACACAACAGUUGUUUUGAUGCAAAGUAUGGAUCGUCAAAAGAUAUCAUUCAGAACCUUAUCCCUUCAAAUUGAUAAUCAGCUGCCUGAUACUCCGUAUCCCAUAGUGCUCUCAUUUGACCAAGGACACAGAGGCCGAUCCACAAACAUCUUGAAAAGUGGGGAGAAUAAGUUAAAUUUUCAGAAAGAGACGAAUUUUGAAAAUACAAUUGAACCUGUCUUUUACCUUGCUGCAUCCAAGUGGAGGAAUAUGGACAAAUCAUUGGUGUCGUUUGAAUAUAUAGACUUAGGUUUGGCCCCUAUGUGUAUUGAGCUUGAAGAACAAAUACUAUUGAGCUUGUUCGAGUAUUUUAGAGCAGUAUCAUCAAGACUAGAGAACAUAAGCAUAGGAAAAAAUUUUGGAUUGUGUAACCGGAACUGCAGUUCGGAUGGGAACCUGGAUAAUGCUCAGGACUAUAAUGGAAAAAAUGUGUUAACAGAGAGUGAAUUUAUUGGAACCGAAGAAAGGUGUGGAUUAUUGCCUUCUGUAUUUCCAGUUGGAGCCCCAUGGCAACAGAUUUAUCUUUUGGCAAGAAGGAAGAAGAAAAUAUAUGUUGAAGCUUUUGAACUGGCUCCUAUAACAUUAUCCUUAAGCUUCUCAAGCACUCCUUGGAUGAUAAGGAAUGAAGUCCAUGCAGAUAUCGAAUCUUUAGUUCACAUCCCUAGUAACACACUUCAGCAAGGUUUGAUUUACCAGUCCGAGCCAGUGUGCCGGCUGUGCCGUGUCGCUCUGUACUGGUGUACCGACACAUGGUAUGUCGGUGCGUACCAAAGUUUCGACAAGGACGAAUAAGAGGUUGAAGAGGAAGGUCCGGUGGAGGAACAAAUGCGGAAAAAGGAGAAAGGAAGAAGGAAGAAGAAGAAGAAAGAAAAGGAGAAGUGUAGCGAUACCUGGGAAGCAGCGGCAGCAGCAAAAGGAAGCAGUAGCAUCACAGCGGCAAAGAGGUGGUGCCGCUGCAGCAUCGCAAUGACAAAGCGGCGAAGAGGCAGCGCCGCUGCAAGAACGUAGCGGCGAAGUGACGAAGAGGCAGCACGGCUGUAGCAUUACAGUGGCAAAUCAGUGAAGAGGUAGCGUUGCUGCAGCGCCGAAGAGGCAGUGCCGCUGCUUUGUACGCGAGAAGAGCCCUAUUAUGCUUCUUUUUUUUUAACGCUGAAAUGGACUGGUGCCCACCACUUUUUUAUUUUUUUUAUUAUUUUAAUGCAGACUGCCUGAAACAGGGUGGUCCGCGUAUCAGUCCACACCUGGACCGGUAUAUACCGCCCAAACCGUACCAUUUUGGGCGGUACAGCAAUCCCUGGUUUUGAGUAUAUUUGUGCUUUUGACCGUUGAAGAUUUCCUUUUGUUUAUAUGCUUGUCCUUAAAAGUGGUGAUUAUUCAAUAGAUUUUUUUUCUCUUCUGACAACAUAGUUCAGCACUGAUAGUUUGUUAAAAGGUGACUCCAGUAAAUAAAAAGAGUACUGUUAAUUGAACCUUAGAAGUAUUCAUACUGAGUUUGUUAUCGAGGGGAAAUUUUUGUACUGAGGAUAGUAACAUUAUGCAAUGUUUUGCUUAGAUGAAAACUUGAAACAUGAAGUGUUGAAUAUGCUUGAACAUAUACAAAAUGGAGACAAUAUUUUCUUAGUUGCUAGCACACUGGCCAUGUCUGACUUUCAAAGACUUCCAACGAGUACCUAAGUCAUGUUUGUACCAUGCUGGCAGAUUGUUCAGAGUUCGACAUGAAGGUUCAAAUUAUAUGCCUCCUUGCUUCAUCCUUAUUUCUUUGAAGUGUAAAUAGGCAUAUAUCUUUUUAAUAUAUGACAAGGGUCCUAAACAAAUGUUGUGUGCUAACUAACAUGAUUGUUCCUAGUAUUUAAGAAUCUACAAUCAGAUCAAUCUUUGUGUUUCAGGUUAAUCAGAGAAGCUAGGUAAUUCAUAUAAUUGGAAAUCUAGGAAGUGCAAAAAAGUUCAUCAUUAUCUAAACAACCAGCUAAACUAAGCUAUAAGAGUUUAACGAGAUAUGUAAGAUUAGGGCAGUAGGCCGCAUGAGGUUCCCUCUGCUGCAAAGUAUGGGGAUGAUCAAAUGUGCACAACCUCUCUCCAUCACAUUGAGAGGCAAUUUUUGCAAUUCAAACCCAUAAUGGCAGGUCAAAUAAAGAGAUGCCACUUAUGUGCCAGGGCUUUUGAACUGAUUACCGUGGAGAUCAAAACCGUCAACUUAAGAAAUUUUUGUAUGCAGAUUUUAUUUGUUCUCCAAUUCACUUGUUAGUUGGAUAUGAUGCUGUUGAAGUGGUUAACGGGAUAUAUCUAGUAUCAGUGAAAUUAUCAUUCUUGCAUCUGUGAUUCUCUAAGCAAGACAGAAGAUUUAUGAAUCCUGCAAAAGCCUGAUUUGUUCAGGCUUUGACCAGUAAAUAUGAUUCUACCUGUCUUAUUGCUUGAAAAUAGUAGGACAAUUGUUGCUUUGUUUUCCAGAUACUUGAAUUUGUGUAUACCUGUGGUGCCUGUUUAUAUUCCUUUGUAUUUUUUCAUAGAU